GGGCGUUGCGCCUGCGCCAGAACGGCCGCCUCGCUCCCGGAAGUGGAGGGUCUGCACGGAGAGCGCCGCUGGGUCUGGGUGCCCGGAGGCAGAAGCGCUCUCGGAGCUCGCUCGUCGGCCCCCGACCGCCAUGUCGUCCUUCGAUACCAACCCCUUCGCGGACCCAGUGGACGUAAACCCCUUCCAGGAUCCCUCUGUGACCCAGCUGACCAAUGCCCCACAAGGAGGCCUGGCUGAAUUCAACCCUUUCUCAGAGACAAAUGCAGCGACAACGGUUCCUGUCUCACAGAUGCCCGGGCCCUCGCAGCCGGCAGUUCUCCAACCCUCAGUGGAGCCCACCCAGCCAACCCCCCAGCUCCUGCUUAGACAGGCCAGCAGGUUCCUGCCUACCAGAUUCCUGGCAGUGAGUGAGCUCUCAGAGAGGCAGAUGCUGCUAGGAGGAGAUAGUAUUCUCAGAGACAGCUACCUGCGAGACCUGCCGAAGGCUGUGGCCUCUGCAGCCCAGGCAAGCCUGCUCCGGCAGCAGGAAGAACUGGACAGGAAAGCGGCCGAGCUGGAGCGGAAGGAGCGGGAGCUUCAGAACACGGUGGCCAACUUACAUGUGAGAGAGAACAACUGGCCGCCCCUGCCUGUGUGGUGCCCUGUCAAGCCCUGCUUCUAUCAGGACUUCUCCACAGAGAUCCCUGCCGACUACCAGCGGAUAUGCAAGAUGCUGUACUAUCUCUGGAUGCUGCAUUCAGUGACACUGUUUCUGAACCUACUUGCCUGCCUGGCUUGGUUCUUAGUCGACACCUCCAGGGGAGUAGACUUCGGCCUCUCCAUCCUGUGGUUUGUGAUCUUCACCCCCUGUGCCUUCCUUUGUUGGUAUCGGCCCAUCUAUAAGGCUUUCAGGUCUGACAACUCUUUCAGCUUCUUCGUGUUCUUCUUUGUAUUUUUCUGUCAAAUAGGAAUCUAUAUCAUCCAGUUGAUCGGCAUCCCUAGCCUUGGGGACAGUGGUUGGAUUGCAGCCCUGUCUACGAUGAAGCACAACUUGGCUGUGUCGGUCAUCAUGAUGGUGGUGGCUGGCUUCUUCACCCUCUGUGCCGUGCUCUCACUCUUCCUCCUGAAGCGGGUGCACUCCCUGUACCGCAGGACGGGGGCCAGCUUCCAGCAGGCCCAGGAGGAGUUUUCCCAGGGCAUCUUCAGUAGCAGGACCUUCCGCAGUGCUGCCUCAUCUGCUGCCCAAGGAGCGUUCCAGGGGAAUUAGUCCUUCUGACUCCUCCCUCUGCCCUGGCCUUCUCUCUCACCUGCCUUCUGAGCUGCACUUUCCAUGGGUGCCUUAAGCAUUGGGUAUGCCCAGCAUAGACCUGGGGAGGGUCUUGCCCGUGGCUCUUCUUCCUCCCUCAGCAACCAUCUCUCCCUUCCACCUGAGGAAAGGGGAGGGAGGGACAGGGACUUUUUUUAACACAAGAGAAAAAAAAACAAAGCUGUCUUUUCUUCUCUGGUGGUGGUUUGAUAGGAUUUUUUUGUCUCUUUGGAAGCAGUGGGACUGAAGUUCUCUUCUUCCCAUACACAGAUACACACGUGUACUCACACACAUACAAACACAAACGUACACACUUGGGAUCACUGGCUGUCCUGGGCCCAACCACCUGGGGUUUUAUUUCUGCUGGAGUCCUGAGAUUCCACUCCUCCCCAGCAGGCCUGACCGGAAUCUGGCUUCAUGGACCCAGCCUGUGACUUCCACAGUCCUGCCCUUUCCUCCUGCUCAGACUCUGAGAGCCUCCCAAGGGCUCCCCUUUAGAUGAGCUGCAGUCUGGGCUCUUCCUCAGAUCACUCUAGGGUGAACUCUGGGCUUCUAGCCUCUGUCCUGCCUCAUGUUUCUAAUGAACAGUUUCCUAGCCCUUUAGGCCCCCACAUCCUCCAGAUGUGGGCAGUACGUGGUGCCCUCUGGGGCCCUUCUUAAGCCCUUCCCUCUUUAGACUUACUGAAUGUGCAAUGGGGUUGGUUGGGAUUUGGGGAUGGAGAGGGAUAGAGGACACUGACCCGAAGUUGUCUUGCCCAGCUUUUGGCAGUCUUGUAUUAGGGUGGGUCUGAUUGUCCUGGUAUGGUUUGUUUGGCCCUAUUUGUUUUGAUUUCCUCUCUUUCUGAGGGACAGCUGCCCUUUAGCUUGGCCUCAUACUCUUGCCCAUCCCUGCCCCCCACCAUCAGCAGUAUCUAGCUUGUAUGACUCUUAGGGAGGGCAAGGGGAAUGAGUUCAGAACUUCAUUCUUCAGGUCACCUUUUUGAGGGUUCCAGACUAAUCCCCCAGGGUUCUCCCAUACUCCCCAAGUAGAGCCUAGAUCACCUUCCACUAGUCCUGAGGAUUCCCCAGGAUCUGUGUCACUCUGAUGGGUGCUUAGGAGUUCAAGGUUAAAACCUGUAUCCUGUCCUCCAGAGAUGGUAGGAGUGGGUGGGUAGACUGAGGGGACUUCUCAAAAAGCUGUCCAACCCAGGGCAUCUGGGGCCUACCCGGAGGCAGCCCUGAAGCUGCCAGCUGACACAGCUCCAGAGCCACUGAAUGAGGAUGGCAGUGACCAAGGUUUUGUAAACUCCUUUCUGGUAUUUUUUUUCUCCGUGUACAAAUGUAUAUGUUAUGUCUCAAUUUUGUCCUUAAAUAAAAACAAAAGACAUUUUCAGACAA